AUGCGGGAGAAUAUAACUACUGUGUCUUCCGGAACUUUGCCAAAACCUCAGAUGCGCGGCCUUCUGGCCAGGCACCUGAGAUUUCAUAUCGUUGGAGCCGUACUUGUCUCCCUGGGGGUUGCAGCUUCCUAUAAGUUUGGUGUAGCUGAACCAAGAAAGAAGGCAUAUGCAGAUUUCUACAGAAAUUACGAUUCCAUGAAAGAUUUUGAGGAGAUGAGGAAGGCUGGUAUAUUUCAGAGUACGAAGUGA